CGCACGCGGCCCGGCAGCCGGGCCGUAGCCAUGGCCUCCCUGCUCGCCAAGGACGCCUACCUGCAAAGCCUGGCCAGGAGGAUCUGCUCCCAGCCCGGCCCCGAGCCGCCAGGGCGCAAGCGGGCUGGCAAAACUCAAGGCUCAGAAGUUGCUGGGCCCCAAAAAAAGAAAAGGAAGAAAACACAAAAGAAAGUCCGGGAGCAGGAAAAGAAGGCUGCUGAUCCCAAGGCUGAGUACCUGCGGAAGAAGUCUCUAGGGGAUCCUGGGGCUGGAAGGCCAGAGGAAGCCAAGGAGAAGGAGACUUCCAGCUCCCUGGGGGCCCGUGCAGAUGGCCUGGCCACGGGGCCUGAUUCUCUCUUUGCCCUGGACGUUCUGCGACAGCGACUGCACGAGAGGAUCCAGGAGGCCCGGGGCCAGGGCGGUACCAGGGAGCUGUCCCCCGCCACUUUGGAGAAAAGACGGCGGAGGAAGCAGGAGCGGGAGAGGAAGAAAAGGAAGCGAAAGGAGCUGCGGGCAAAGGAGAAGGCAGCCAAGGUGGAGGCGGCCGCUGAGCCCGUCGCUGUCCCAGAGGUGCCCUGCAAGGAGCCCCCGGAACCGCCAGGGCUGAUCUUCAACAAGGUGGAGGUGGGCGAGGACGAGCCGGCCGGCAGGGCGCAGCGCAGGAAGGAGAAGAGGCAGAAGGUGAAGGGGAACCUCACGCCGCUGACGGGCAGGAACUACCGGCAGCUGCUGGAGCGCCUGCAGGCGCGGCAGAGCCGGCUGGACGAGCUGCGGGACCAGGACGAGGGGAAGGCGCAGGAGAUGGAGGCCAAGAUGAGGUGGACCAACCUGCUGUACAAGGCGGAGGGCGUGCGCAUCCGCGACGACCCCCGCCUGCUGCAGGAGGCCCUGAAGCGCAAGGAGAAGCGCCGGGCGCAGCGGCAGCGCCGGUGGGAGAAGCGCUCGGCGCACGUGGUGGACAAGAUGCAGCAGCGCCAGGACCGGCGGCGGCAGAACCUGCGCAAGAAGAAGGCGGCCCGGGCGGAGCGCCGCCUGCUCAAGGCCCGCAAGAAGGGCCGGAUCCUGCCGCAGGACCUGGAGCGCGCAGGCCUGGCCUGAGCGCCUUCCCGCAGCAGGGCGCCUCUCCCUCCCGCGAGGCUGGCGUGUGGCGCCGUCCAGAUCGCUCUGGCCCGCGGACUCCUCCACGCCGCGUGGGCGCAGUGGAGCUCAGCGCUGAGCUGGUGAGCACCCAGAUCACGUACGUGAAGGGAAACGUUCCUGCCUCGUCCUUGAAGACGGCCCAGGCCCUGCAGGCCGGGGGAGGGUGGACAGGCCGGGCUCACAGGCUGCGGGAGCCGGCGGGGAAGAGGGAGCAGUGUGGAGGGUCUGGGGUGAGGCAUCUCGGUGGCCGCUUCCUCCCUGCCGGGGCUCACAGGCUGCGGGACAGGAGAACGGCCUUUGCCGGCUUCCUGUGUUAAUCCGGAGCACGUGGAAGGGGAACAGCCACGGGUGGGUGGGCUCGUAGCUCAGGAGAAGCUGGUUGCACGCUGGGCCGGGGCACCAAGGCCUCCUUCCGUGUCCUUUUCUGCUCCUCAGUCGCCCUGGGGCAGCAUCCUCGCACUCAGAAUUCACAGAACUUGAAUUGUACGUCCUAAGAUAACCACCAUAGAUAGACACAAUGUCUACUAAGUCGGGAGAAGGAAAAACAAUGCAGUGGGGCGAGUAGAUCUCAGUCCAAAGGAGAGAAGAGAGAAAAAAUAAAACCUAAAAGCUGAGACGAGUGGAAGAUACAAAGUGGGGUAGUAGAACGAAAUCCAAAUCUAUAGGCGAUCAGAACGA